GCAUGAAGUUACCAAAAAGGAGAUUAAAGCUUCCUUAAAACUGUGCUUGCAUGUAAUAUGUUGAAUAUGAGUUACGUCUCUGAAAUGGUUUUCAGAACUGUCCUGGAGCAUCCCAGCACUGUCUCUCUCAUUUAACUAAUCUCAUCUAAGAGACUGAAAUGGGUCCGACCUGAAGUGGAUCAGAAAAGGAAGGCUGGUACUCCUCCCCUACGAUGGAAGAACUGCUCCAGCAAUUAACCGACGUCAGCCUGCGCCAGCAACAGAUCGUGGAACACCUGGCCACGCGCCAAGGCCAGGCUGACCAGGAAAUCGCCGCCCGCCAGCGCGUUCCGUUGCCUGACCCCCGUGUGCAAGCCGCCCAACUCUUGCCAAAGAUGACCGCGCACGAUGAUGUCGAAUCCUACCUUCAAAUGUUCGAAAACACGGCGACCACAGAAGGGUGGGAUCCGGAUGACUGGACACGGGCGCUGGCCCCCCUCCUCACGGGCGAAGCCCAGUGCACUUUCUUCGGUCUCCCCACGGCCAUGGCGGAAAGUUAACGAAGACGUGAAGAGAGAGAUUCUCGCCCGCGUGGGGCUCUCCCCGACGUGCGCCGCCCAGGCGUUUUUUGAGUGGACCUACCAACCCCGGCGUCCCACACGAAUCCAGGUGGCCGAACUCUCCCGCCUGGCCCUACACUGGCUGAUGGUCGACAAUCCCACCGCCACUCAGGUAACGGAACGUGUGGUCGUCGAUCGCCUCCUCCGAGCCCUACCCCGCAACAUCCGUCCCGCCGUUGGCAUGAGAAACCCAACCACGACAUCCGAGUUGGUGGAGGCGAUCGAGCUGGCUGAGGCGGCCCACCGACGCGAGGCAGGGGAGCGAGUACCGCCGUUUCCCCGGAGGGUGGCUCCAGAACAACGCGCGCCGGAGGGCAUCUCGCGGCCAGUAGACAGGACGGCGGCCCCCGAGCCUCAAGACGAGUCCAUGCCCACGGCUCCUUCUUCGCCCAAGACCCGGACCUGGUGGGCAGGCUGCAUAGUCCACCGUGAGCUGCCAAAAGGAGCUCCGACCGCUACGGUCAGGAUCGGCAGCCGGCAUUACAUGGCGGUCCUGGACUCCGGAAGUGCCGUCAGUCUCGUCCAACCAGGAAUCCUGCCCCACGAGACCAAAGCCACGGUGCCAGUCACCUGUGUCCAUGGAGAUACACGAGAGAUACCAGUUCGUCGUGUCACCAUUUCCGCAACCCCAGGUUCCUGGCCAGUGGAUGUAGGACUGGUGAAGGAUCUCCCCGUGGCCGUCCUGUUAGGACGAGACUGGCCAGGAUUCGAAACUCUUCUCCGCGCCACUACACAGCCUGCCCACCCCACUGGGGGCCGCCGUGGACGGCGCGCAAGCAGGAGACCCCGCGGCCGUCCCGUUCUCCUGGCUUCGGACAGUGGGAGAGAUGAGGCAAGCGAGUGACCGACCGACCCAGCCCUGACGAGGGCACCACGGACUUUGCCACCGCACAAGCCAGAACCCCACACAAGAGAGCACCACACCGCCGCUUCCAGCCACCCUGCACCUAUCUCACUCACCCCACUGUUGAAUAAAUCCACCCUUUAUUUAUUUGAGCUCUCCUUGUCGCGUGAUUCUUCCACCCCGUCACAAUAACUAUCAAAUACAUGAUGUAAAUGGCAUAAAAAAACAAAAUGCCAAAUAAAUAUUAUAAAAUAUAUAAUGAACAUAGUGGUCCCCUGGAGUUGUGUCACUGGUGUUACCACUUAACAAAAGUCUUAUUUUGGAAUA